AUGGAGGAAGGUCCUCCCACCUUUGACUACUCACAGCGGUCUCUAGCAACACGGAGCAUCGAGGACAUCGACACCGAAUUGGCCAUGCUCACCAGCUAUGCCUCCGUCCUCCGCAAUCGCCGCAACUCCCUCGUCGCCAUCUCGAAGCUCCCUUCAGAAAUCCUAGCGGCAAUAUUUCAAGCAUGCGCCGACACCUCCCAUGGCUCUGCACGCUACUCUCCGGUUCACGUAUGCAGCAGUCCAUGUCUCUCAUGGAUCAGCGCCACCUACGUGUGUCGGUUCUGGCGCUCGGUAGCACUGGACCAUCCGACGCUGUGGAGCCAGCUGCCCUGCUUCCAUCGGCGGUGGACAAAUGAGUUCCUCAUGAGGGCGAAGAGCGCACCGCUCAUCAUACGGGCUGCUGCGAGUGCAAGUGCAAGCGUCCUCUGGGGCCCGUCCGGGAGUGUGAAGACUGCCCUCGCCCACAUCGCCCAAACGCGUGAGCUCACGCUCAUGGUGCCGUCCAAGGAGCUCUUGGAACAGCUGCUAAACAACGUCCGCGCCGCAGCGCCCACGCUCGAGUCGCUACUUCUGAAAUCGUCGCAUAAUGGCUUCCACGUGUCGAACUACGCCUAUCACGUCCCUAUGCAGCUCUUCCUAGGCGCGACACCCCGUCUUCGAAGGCUUAGCCUGUACAAAUGCAACAUCGACUGGAACUCGCCAUUGCUCACAAACCUCACACACCUCUGCAUAUCCGACAUUGCCCCUGCCCUGCGUCCAAGUAUUGACGCUCUGGCCGAGACGCUCUCCCGCAUGCCUGCGCUCGAAGACCUCAUCCUCGAAGACUUCUUAUCACAAGUCUCACCCCCCACCUCUCCCCCCCAAAACCACACCCGCGCGAUCUCAGUGAAACUCCCCCGGCUAUCACGUCUCCACAUUCACGGCAGCGUCACCGACGCCGCCUCCGUCUUCUCCAUCCUCCGCCUCACCCAGCCGCUCGAACACCUAAGCCUCCACUGCACACACGUCGGCUCCCCCAAACAGGACUUCGCCGCCCUGCAGCCCAUCAUCGCCACCCUAAACCACGACUCAGAUACCCACCCCUCCGAGUCGCACUCGCAGACAAGCCCGCCCCCGUCGCCAUACUCCCACAGCCCAUCCCGCCUCUCCUUCGGCAGCACAUCACAGCGCUGCACCCGCCUCAUCUACACCAGCUGGCCCCCCUCCUCCCCCAACCCCGAUCCAUCCUCCGACCUCAAUUCCAACUCCCCAAACCACCCACCCACCACCUCCGCCAUCCCUCCCGUCCUCACCCUCCCCACCGACUCAGCCCUCCUCCGCCUCACAUACGACUCCCCACCCUCAACCGCCCCCGAGCUCAUCGCCGCAGCCGCAUCUGCAGUGGACCUCGGCGCAGUCACACACGCCGAGCUCAGCGGCAACGGUGACGGCGGCGGCGGCGGACUGCCCGGCCCAUGCUAUGCCCCGCUCCUCGUGCGCCUACACUCGCUCGAGACCCUCCGCGCGUCCCACGUCGACGUAGAGACGCUCACGCUGCCUCUGCUGCCCCGAGCCGCCGCUGACGACCCCACCAUCGACGGACUGAAUGAGAACGACGGAAACAGCAACGGCGACAUGGUCAUAGCCGCACCGUCCCUACGCAAACUCUCUCUCUCCCGCGUCUACUUCGGAGCCGAGUCCGGCCUCAACAUCGGCGACAUGCCCGCGCUCGCGGCGUGCAUCGCGCAACGUCGACAAUACAACUCCCUCCUUGACAAGCUGGAACUGCGCAAGUGCUGGAACUUUGCCAUGUACGACUGGGCGUCGCUCAAAGGGCUCGUCGUCGACCUCGACUGGGACCACAUCGAGAGGUGGGAAGACGAAGUGACGGUCAUAUCCGAUAGCUCAGACGAAUGA